AGGGCCUUGAAGCUUAAAAAUGGCGACUACGAUAAGCUGGCAAUGAGUGUUGGUUUGAUGAUUGUUUGAAAAAUUAAAACCAAAAUAAAUAUACCUUUUUAACUGUUUGAUAAAGUAUUUUCAAAGUUAGUUUAGUUUUAUAAAAAUCUAAUUUGAGUUUUUUUCAAUUAUGGCUAACCUAGUUAAAGACGUCAUUAUCACCGACAGCCAUCCUAAGACGCUUCUUCUCAACAGGCACAUCGAGUAUAUAGCUGCUUAUGGAAAUAACAAAGAAGAUUUUGAAUAUUGCAUGACUGAAUACCUGAGAAUGUCUGGCAUGUACUGGGGGCUCACAGCCAUGGAAUUGAUGGGCCGACUUCAUUAUAUGGACAAGGCUCAAGUCAUUGAAUUCAUAUCGCAGUGCAUUGAUUCUUCAGGUGGCAUUUCAUCCAGCAUAGGCCAUGACCCUCAUUUACUCUACACUCUAAGUGCAGUACAGAUACUUUGCUUGCUGGAUGCAGUCUCGGUGUUGCCUGUGGAGAGGGUCACGCAAUACGUGGCGUCGCUGCAGCAGCCGGAUGGCAGUUUCACGGGCGACAGGUGGGGGGAAGUCGACACAAGAUUCUCGUUCUGCGCAGUCGCCUGCUUGUCUUUAUUGGGUAGACUGGAUGCAAUCGACGUAGAUAAAGCGGUGGAGUUUGUUGUCUCAUGUCAUAACUUUGAUGGAGGAUUUGGUUCACAGCCUGGAUCUGAAAGCCAUGCUGGUCUGAUAUAUUGCUGUGUUGGAUUUCUCUCAAUCACUGGUCGUUUGCACCUUAUUGACGGAGAUCUGCUGGGUUGGUGGCUGAGUGAACGCCAGCUGCCAUCUGGUGGCCUGAACGGGAGGCCUGAGAAGCUGCCAGACGUCUGCUACUCGUGGUGGGUUCUUGCAUCGUUGGCAAUGCUCGGUCGUCUUCAUUGGGUCCACAAGCAGUCGUUGGAGAGAUUCGUACUGGCUUGUCAGGACUCAGAACUUGGAGGAUUCAGUGACCGUCCAGGAGACAUUCCGGAUCCAUUCCAUACUCUUUUUGGACUGGCAGCAUUAUCACUCCUUGGCAAUGAUGAACUGGGAAAGGUGAAUCCUGCCUUCUGUAUGCCUCAGCAUGUCAUCGAUAGGUUGAAGCUACGGCCGCAGAUGUUGUCUGUUUGAUGAUAAGUUACCAUUAUUAUUACAUUAUUGUAGCAAUCAAUUCAAUUGUAUUAAACACCAACUGUUUGUACAUGAUAUUCUUAGUUUUGCACUCUUUUGAGUGAUAAUGCAUUGAUAUGUUAGUCAUAAGCUUCUCCAACUCAUUUCAAAGCUGACCAAACUUUUAAUAAUUCUUUUAUCAUUUGAUACGUAAGAAUUCUUGAAAUAUCUUCUGAUAGAAAGAAAACUUUUGGAAAAAGUUUAGUCUACAUUCAGUCUGAAUGUAGUCUACAUUCAGUCUGAAUCAACUGAGCAAUUAUAUAGCACUGUAUAAAAAUUGACCUAGAAAAAUAAUAAUGAGUCAAAAAUCACGUGGAUAUCAUGAUUUUUUUACGAUCAUAAUUUUUUUAUGAUCAUAAAACUUAGUUUACAAAACAAUUUGUUUUUAUUGUUCACGUCAUCAUGUAUCAUUUAUAGAUGCACAAAUCAUUUAUAUACAAUGAUUGAGAGGACAAGGAUAGAAACAAAAAAUAAUUAUAAAUUUAUUCCUCAAAAUGUUAUUAUUUUGGAGUAUAAUGCUGAGGUCUUACUAUAUCACUUCCUAAUUUUGAUGAAUAACAUUUUUAAAAUUAUCCAAAAAAUGUUUUCACUUGAAAACUUUUUUCUAUCUUCUGUACAAAAUAAUAUUAAGUUUAGUGAAAGUUUUAACUUUAUGGUUAAUGAAAAAAUAUUAAUGACGUUAUGGUUAAAAUACUUGAAAAUCAAAAACUAUUCCACUCAUGUCACCAUAAACUAGAAUUUGUUUUAGUUAUUUAAAAAAAUCUUGAUCCAGAAAUAACUCACUACCGUAUCCAGCUAUGAAUAUGAAAAAUUAUGUAAUUUAGUUUGUUAGGAGGUUUUCAGUAGUCCUCCUGUAGCUUCAACUAAGUGUCCUUGAAACAGCAUACAGGCAACGUAUGCUUCGUAGGUUGAUAUUGCAUUUUGCAAAUUGCCUUUGCUGAUUAUGAAUAGAGCUCCCUCCCUACAGAGCUUCCUUCAACUUGCCCUUAUACUGGAACUCCUUCAGCGCCUUCUUAGCAUGGUAGAUGCGCGCCUAGGUUUAACGCUCUGCAGAAUUUCAGCAAAAAUACCUAGUCUCAUGAUUUUCUUUUCUUAAAUAAAUUCAAUUCUGUACAUUUCAUAUGCAUUAUGUAUACACGAAUAAUUAAAAACAAAUUUUUCUUGGUUGGCAACUUAUUCAUGUAAUGAAAAUUUCAAGUUGUAAAAUUUCACAACUUGAGUACUGUACAUACUUUACAAGAGAUUGUUGACCAAUUUUCAAUUUGAUUGAUACGUGGGAGGAUCCCCGGACCCCCAGUUGGAGCCCCCUCUCAAUAAUUUUGACAAGUCGGCGCCUGUGGGCAUUGUAUUCUUAUAAUAUGUUGCUGUCCUAUUUAUUUCAACAAACAAUUAUUUUACUCAUAUAAUGUUUAGUUGAAGAGUUUUUACAAAAUGUAAAUGAAUUUUCUACUCCUUGAAUCACACUUAAACCCAUAUUAUAUGAAAUAAGCAAUUUAUUAAAUAUCUCUACAAUUUUCUAACUCAAUAUUUAAUUUAAUCAAUUAGUUUACAAUCUACAUAAAUAAGUUUUGAAACGAGUUCAUUAAAAUUAUGGUGGAUUACAUUCAAAGUUUUAUUGUAGGGCCUACUAGUUAAUAAUAUUUAUAUUCACUGAAUUUUAAUGACAUUUAUUUCUCAAUUUCUUUUUGAUUACUUUUCAAGUGAUCAAGAAUUUUAUCGUAUUUCCUUACUAUCGUUAUCUGUUACGUAUUCAAUCUUAUCGCUAAGGUUACUAAUCUUCGUAUUUACUAUUUCUACUACAUUGUUGUAAAAUAAGUCAAAAUUAUUUUCAAAUUCAAAUAAAUCUCUGUCUGAUAA